UUCUGGAAGCCGAUCAGUGUGGCCGCGGACCUAUAGAGACUCUGGGUCUCUGAGCCCCAAGGAUGGGGCUCACGGCCCCCCAAACCCUCCUGCUACCUCUCUUGGAGGUCCUGGUCCUGACUGAGACCUGGGCGGGUGAGUGCGGGAUCGGGAAGGAAACGGCUUUUGAGGACAGGAGCGAGGGGACCGCCCGGCGGGAGCGCAGGACCCGGGGAGCCGCACCAGGAGGGAGGUCGCGCGAGGUCUCAGCCCCUUCCCGCCCCCCAGGCUCCCACUCCCUGAAGUAUUUCUCCACCGCUGUGUCCCGGCCCGGCCGCGGGGAGCCCCGGUACAUCGCUGUCGGCUACGUGGACGACACACAGUUCGUGCGGUUCGACAGCGACGGGGAGAAUCCGAGAGUGGAGCCGCGGGCGCCGUGGGUGGCGCAGGAGGGGCCGGAGUAUUGGGAGCGGGAGACACGGAACGCCAAGGGCAACGCACAGACUGUCCGCGUGAACCUGCGGACCCUGCGUGGCUACUACAACCAGAGCGAGGACGGGUCUCACACCAUCCAGAGAACAUAUGGCUGCGACGUGGGGCCGGACGGGCGUCUCCUCCGCGGGUAUUAUCAGUAUGCCUACGAUGGCGCCGACUACAUCACCCUGAACGAGGACCUGCGCUCCUGGACAGUGGCGGACCCAGCGGCUCGGAUCACCCAGCGCAAGUUGGAGGCGGCUGCUGAGGCGUCAUACCAAAGAGCCUACCUGGAAGGGGAGUGCGUGGAGUCGCUCCGCAAAUACCUGGAGAACGGGAAGGACGUGUUGCAGCGCGCAGAUCCCCCAGAGACACAGGUGACCCAUCACUCCACCUCUGACCAUGAGGCCACCCUGAGGUGCUGGGCCCAGGGCUUCUACCCUGCAGAGAUUACACUGACUUGGCAGCGGGAUGGGGAGGAUCAGACUCAGGACAUGGAGCUUAUAGAGACCAGGCCUGCAGGAGAUGGAACGUUCCAGAAGUGGGCAGCUGUGGUGGUGCCUUCUGGAGAAGAGCAGAGAUACACGUGCCAUGUGCAGCAUGAGGGGCUGCCGGAGCCCCUGUCCCUGAGAUGGGAGCCGUCUUCCCAGCCCAGCAUCCUCAUGGUGGGCAUUGUUGCUGGCCUGGUUCUCCUUCUAACUGUGCUGAUUGGAGCUGUGGUUGUGAUGUGGAGGAGGAAGAGCUCAGGUGGAAAAGGAGGGAGCUACACUCAGGCUGCAAUUAGUGACAGUGCCCAGGGAUCAGAUGUGUCUCUAACAGCUUGUAAAGCCUGAGACAGCUGCCUUGUGUGGGACUAAGUGUUCAUGCCUCUCCUUUGUGACUUCAAGAGCCUCUGACUUCUGCAAAUGCUUCUGAAUGAUUCUGCAUCCCUGUUUGUCUAAUGUGAGGAGGUGGUGAAGGCAGCCUUCCCCUCUGUCCAUGGUGACCCUUUCUCCUACACUGACCUGUGUCCCUUCCUGAUUAUCUUUCCUGUUGCAGUGAGGUGGGGGUGGGAUGUCUCCAUCCCUGUCUCAACUUCAUGGUGCACUAAGUUGCUUCCCUACUGAAAAUAAGAAUUUGAAUAUAAAUUUGUUUUUUCAAAUUCUUGCCAUGAGAGAGGCAAGAAGGGAAAUAAAAUGAAGACCUGAGAACCUUCCAGAA